AUGCAUUGUAGUCAAAGUGCUUCACAUCAAUUAUCUUAGUCAUUCUUCCAACACCCCUGCUAGAGAGUCUAUGAUUGUCGCGUGUGUAGUUGCUGCUUUCUGCUGGCUGCUUUCUGUGAAAUGCAUUGGAGUCCUUCCAGAAGUAAAGGUGACAUCCUAAGAAAUGUAAGCUGACAGCUCUACUGACUAUGCCGGUGUAAGCGGAGUCAGAAUUAGACCAGAAUGAUAAAAGAAGCUUUCUCCUUUGGUCCUGUUUCAUUCCUCUUGGCCGUAAGCCCAAAGUGCCUUGUGUUGUGUACUUUGGUUCCUAUGGAGAUGUAAGGAAGUACUGACCUUCAGCCAAUCCUGCAGCAGUUUUGCAUUUCAUACAGCAGGUCUCUAGUGGCUUCCUCACGGGCCAGAAACAAUAUUCUACUGAGGUAAAUACUGUUCUUGUUCCCUGUUUUUCUUUAUAGGGUGGAGGUGGUAAAAUAGACAAGAUUUUGUUCUGUUUGGUUGUGUUUUAAAAACUGCAGGAGUUGAUAUUCUCAUCCUCCAGUAAACCUAUGAAACAUGGCAGGGUCCAGAAGGAAAAAAAGGAAAAAUAAAUAAAGUAUGUGCCACUAAUAGAGUGGUGCACAAAGGAUUAAUUUGUAGCAUGGCUAAGGAGGAAAAUGUGAGAAGCUCGAUGGGAAUAAUGACGGAGCCGAGAGAUUGAUUGUGGGUGCUCAAGCAUGAAUUUUGGCAGGUUAAAAAUCUAGCACAUCUCUGCCAUGUUCUGGAAUCAAGUGAAGCGUUCUUACACUGAGUCAGACCAUUGGUCCAUCUAGUUUAGUAUUGUCUACACUGAUUGGCAGUGGUUCUCUACUAUUUGAGGCAGGGAUCUUUCCCAACCCAAUCCAGAUGCCAGGGAUUGAACCCGACACAGUAUAAGGAACAGUAUGGAAUAUUAAAUUGAUCAGAGAAGUAAAAUCCAUGUUUGCUAUGAAAACAAACUGAAAGCAAUUUCAAGCUUUAAAAAAGAGGGUUUUAAACCACCAUCUUGUUAUAUUUUUGCCCCAUUUAAAUCAAUGUGUGGCACCUCAUUUUAAUGAGCAACAUGGUUUAAUGAUUUCCAGAGGGGUAGCCAUGUUACAGCACCAGCCCAACCAUGUCUACUGAGAAGUAAGUUUUGUUGAAUUCAGUGGGACUUAGUCCCAGGCAAGUGAGGUUAGGAUUACAGUAGUUUUGGUCUUUCAGGAGAAAAAAAACAAAGAGUUGUGGCCCCCAAGGCUGAUGUGACUCAGAUACAUAGUUCAAUGGAAUUCUAAACCCAGAGUUUAUUUUCCAGGAAGAAGUGUCUCUCUUCUAUUUCUAGGCCUUUAAGCAUGUCUGUAUGGAGCGUGUAGCUGCAGCGCUAUUAGCCACGGAAGAUGGCCACAGCUGACACAAUACACACAUCACACAGUGUUAAAGAAUGGCAUUUGGAAAGCUUAGGGCUGCUUGCAGGACGAACAAAGAGCCUGGAUCAAAAUCAGACUACAGAAAUUUUGAAGACACGGUUCAGUACUUGGACACCUAUUGAAAACAAAUCUCUUAACAAUCAGCUCUUUCAGGAAAGAGUCAGGCUUAUAAGUCACUGGUUUGACCUGUGGACGGACAAGCAGCGCAAGCAGUUUCUCCAUGGCAUAUUGAUCAAGUGCAAUAAGUCACAACUGAAGUUUGCUGAAAGAUGGUUUGUAGAGAAUACCCCAGUGGCCAAAGUGGACUUCACCACUGUACUGCCACGUUUCAUAUCUUUGUACAUAUUCUCCUUUCUCAAUGCUAAGGACCUUUGUGCAGCAGCCCAAGUCAGCUGGCAUUGGAAGUUUUUAAGUGAACAGGAUUGUCUGUGGAUGCCGAAAUGCAUGAUGUUUGGAUGGUUUCUACCAUACUUUCCUGAAAAAAAUGAGUAUAGUGCUUGGAAACAGCAUUAUAUUUCUUGUGCAACUGACCUGGAUUACUUAACUCCGAGGGAAGUUGCUGGGUCGUACGAAACACUGAGUGAACCAAAACCAGAAAAUGAAGACCAAAAAGAAAAACUACGUGAAAGAUGUCUGCGGAAAAUUAUAAGAGAGAGAUUAACUGUAUGCAAAAAGGAAUUAAUCAAAGCUCGUCCACCUUGGAACUCGGGAUUUUACAAAUAUGGAUUUCAACCAAAGUUGCCCCAGACUGUCCGUGACCGAGUUAGAUCAUCAGCAGCAAUGUUUCUAAUGAAGAAUGGAACACCUUCCCCGAAGGAAAUGCUUUUCAAACAUAUUUCUCCAGAUGCUAAAUCUCUGCCAUGCGUUUGUCUGGAAGCUGAGAUACUUCCAAAAAGAAAGAACGCUGCUGGCAGCUGCUCUGAUCCUGUCUUACCUCACAGACUUCAGCGGACUGUUUUACAAAAGAGCCCUAAUGAAACACAUUCCCCUCAGCUACGUCUUAUCUUGAUAUCAUCCCAUGUUCCUGCUUAUGAGAUGCUUGUGGACAGUAUUAAGCCUGGAGUGAUUCCUGUAGUAUAUGAUCAUAGUGGCACAACCUUGGAAAGCCUCCUUUAUUAUGUAGGAAAGGCCUUGGAUGGCCAAAUGGCAAAGAGUAUUGGGAUUAUUACUGAUGGAGACUCCAGAGGGAUUAACCUGCUUGAAGGCUGUAGCAUCAGUACCAAGAACCUUCUUAAACCUGAGGUGAAAGAAUUUUGGGUAAAGUUAAGAAGCUGUGUGACGCAUCAGGAAGGUGGUUAUAUAGACAUCUUCGUCCCUCUAGCAGCUUCAGAGGCAGGAAUGGAGGUCCUUUCCCAGCUGUUUCAUCUAACUGGACUGUUUUUCCGAACUCCUGCAGGAAUAGCAACCGGAUCAUAUCAACACAUUCUGAGUGAGUGGUUGGGAAACCAGAAAGAGACUCCUCCUCCCCCAUCCAUCUACUUCACUGAAGCAAAACUGCAGUUGUGGCUAAGAUUCACAGAAUUGCUGGAAGAUGCACUGAAGGCCGUCAGGAAAAACCUGAGACCCUAUUUUUGUGAUUUGCAGAAGAACAUGACUGGCAAGAUACUUGGUCAAAUUAUGUUUGAUGCUGUGAGCUGGUCAGAUGUUCAAGAAAAGCAAAGAAUAGCUGAGGUUUUGGUUGAAGGAUUAGUUGAACUCUCAAGAGGAAACGAUGAAAACCCUUUUGAAUUUCUAUCACGCUUCCUGAUGAGGAAAUAUAAUAAAAAGGAAGAACUCAAAAGCCAGGUUCUGACAACUGAAAGCAAUCCAGAAGCAAGCCUUGGUGUGUCAGUUAAGACCAGCAAACUUGAUAAAGAGACAGCAGAGAAGCGCAAAAGCUUUGCCAGAGAACUUCUCUUAAGUGAGAGGAACUAUGUGAAUAUGCUGGAAAUUGUACAAGAUGUUUAUGUGAAACCGCUAAAGGCAGCGCUGGCCUCGCAUCGAGUCAUCCUAAGCUAUGCCAAUGUUCAGACCAUCUUCUCUGAUAUCUUGAACAUCCUACAACUGAAUAGGUGGUUUUCAGAUGAGUUAACACAAAGACUUAAUGAAUGGAACCCAGCCCAAAAAUUAGGAGACCUGUUCAUUCAAUUUUGCCAGCAACUUCAAACAUACACAAACUUCUUCAACAAUUAUGCAGUGAUUCUGAAAACUAUAGACAAGUGCAGGGAGACUAUUCCAGUAUUCCGUGCCUUUCUGAAGAGACAUGACAAGACUGUUGCUACUACUAUGAGAAGCCUCCAAGAAUUUCUGUUGUGCCCAUCGAAGCGGAUUGGAGAGUACAUCCUGCUCCUGUAUGCUCUGAGGCUCCACACUCCUCCAGAACACACUGACCGUGAAGAGCUGACUCCUGCAAUUAAGCAAAUGAAGCAGUUCAAGGAUUACUUAGAUCAGCUAAAACUGAACGUUGGCAGAGAUGAUCAGAUAUUAACUACACAAAGACGCAUCCAAGGAUGUCCUAAGUUACUGAAAGCCAAUAGGUAUCUAAUUGCGAUGCAAGAUGUAGCCCAGCUAAACUGCUGCUCAGAGAGAGUCCAUAUGCCGUUCAGGCUGUAUGAGCACACCAGUGAUCUUAGCCUCUUCCUUUUCAACGAUAUACUUGUUAUCUCACAGCGCAGCAUCUCUUACAAGCCAUUCGAACGUAUCCCACAUGUUACUCACCAGUUCUUGGCAGUGGUAACACUUCAUCAGCUCCUGGUUGAAGAUAUUCCAGAUUCCAAAUAUAUCAAGAAUGCUUUUCUUCUGCAAAGUCCCAGGUUUCAAAUGAUUUGUUCUACGGAGGACCAUGACAAGUUUAUAUGGCUUUCUGCACUGCAAAGGGCAAUUAUCUGCAAUAUUGAAGAUAAUGUAAAUUGUUCUUAAAAUUUCCCAGCUUUACUUACUACCUCACCUUCCUGCCGCUUGUAACUGUCAUGCAGCUCCCAAAAGAAAAAGGUAACUGUUUAGUGUCUACAACAGACAUGGGGAAAUCAGGCUGACCAAGGGCCUCAUUUGGCCAGUGAGGCUGUUUCCCUGACACUUCAUCAUCUCAUGGGUGAUGUCUGGUGAGGGCCAAAUGGACACACAAUCUGGAGCCUUAAUAGUGCACUCCUGAUUGCACAUUGGUAAGGGAAGCUUGCUGAGAGCAAGCCAGCUGGGAUUGGUUAUGCUACUGAGUUUCCCCCAUUGUGAAUUUUGUAGAUAGUAGUGCAUCAGUAAAAAACAGAGCUGACAGGUGAUGACUUCAAAGUUGCUGGGAUCAGCUGUGUAGUUGCCCCUUGCAGAAAGUGGAGCUUGAAGUCAGCACUGAUCCAUGACUGGUGGAAACUUCAAACCCUGUUUAGGCUUGAAUAUUCCUCUGCAGCAUACGGGAAGCCAGAGAUCCAGAUGGCUAGACCUAGUUCCCUGUCCCAGUGUACAUUUGCUGUGACUUAGUAUUUCUUCUUGCUGUACAGUAGAUAGAAAUUGUUAGUGUGUUGUUAGAUAUCUAUUAAUGCAUGCAGUUACAAACCUUUAUUCUUUCUGAC